AUGAAAGAUACACCCGAGGCCAAAUUGAGGCAAAUCAGCCCCGCAUUAGACUUCUUGGCCGGGACAGUCGCAGGAAUGGCGGCGGUGGUAGUCGGAUAUCCUUUUGACACCGUCAAGGUGCGCUUUCAGAGUCCCCAGAUAGCCUCAAAGUACCGCUCCACUCUCCAUGCAAUUCUCACCAUCAUCCGCGAAGAACGAAUGCGCGGGCUCUAUCGUGGAAUCGCCGCUCCCUUGGCUGGUGCUCCACCAUUGAAUGGACUCGUCUUCUCUUCCUAUCGUUCUCUCCUUAGAGCACAGCUAGACGACGACCAAGCUACGCCUACACUCACACAAGUUAAUCUCGCAGGUGCAGGAACUGGUAUCAUAUGCUCAUUAAUCACCACUCCUGCUGAACUCGUCAAGAUCCAUCAACAAACCCUCGUUCGUUCUGCAUACAGCGCAGUAACCCUCUCCGACCGCGACGUCAUCCUCCACAUCUGGCGCACACACGGCCUCCGUGGGUUCUAUCGCGGUAUCACCGCAACUGCACUCCGUGACAUCGGAUACGGCGCGUACUUUGCCGCUUAUGAGGCAACCCUACGCUAUUGGCCGCGUCCGCACGCCUCGCUUCCUGAGCAACAUUCCACUUGCAAUAAGGAGGUAGAGUUGACGCCCGCUCCGCACCCGUGGCUUGCACUCCUCACCGCGGGCGGUAUGGCGGGCAUCGCGGGAUGGAUUGUGACGUUCCCAUUCGACGUCGUGAAGACUCGUGUGCAGAGCACGCCGGCGAACGCUCCGAAUAAUCUGUACCGCUCGACGUGGUCGACUAUCAUCGCUUCGUAUCGCGCAGAGGGCGUCGGGGUUUUCUUUCGUGGUCUCGCGCCGACACUAAUCCGGGCAAUACCCGUGAAUAUGGUGACUUUUGCCACGUUCGAAGCCGUGAUUCACCUGUGUUCGUGA